GGCGUGGAGCAACAAGCAAAUACACGCCGAGGCAGACUAGACGCGAGAAGGACGCGCUGUUUGGGAUUUUCCCGACCAGCCAUGGUCGCCCGUAGGUGAUUUGGCGAGAAGUUAGAAGGAGCGCUCAUUUAUAAGCCUGGUACAGCGGGAAAGCCUGGUAGGGUUUCGGUGGCGACAGUCUAAGGAAUGUAUUAAUGUCUACCUGUCUUCAUAGAGGAUAUAGUUAUUACAGAUUUGGCGGACCCGGGUACUGUAAGUUGGCGAGAACUUUAGAACUAUAUUUGUAUAAAUGCGAAGGAACCCUGCCAGUUUACAAUGCGAGUUUAAGAUCUGGCUUUAAUCGAAAGAGAGAAUCUGAAACUUGGAUAUUGGAAGAAAAAGGCGAAGGCAGGGUGAUAUGACACGGCGCCUCGUUGAAGUUGACCUGAAGAGCGCGUCGCUGUGCGGGGGGGGACAAGCGAUCAGACUUCCUAGGAGUCCGAUUCGGUGAUCGGAGGAGGGAAGCGAUCGAACCGCGGAAAGGUCCGUUUCGGUGGUGGUGGUGGGGGAAGUGAUCAGCCUUUCGAAAAGUCCGGGGGGGGGAGGAGAGAGUGCGCAAAUAAUUCGCCCAGGAAGGUGAACCGAUUUCUCUCUUCAGAUCCAUUUGCUCGACGCUGAAGCGAACAACUUUAACUUGAACUAAAAAGGAAACAAAGUACACAAUAAGCAGGCGAUCACCCCCCCCCCUCCCCAAAAUGAAGUCUCCAAACAGUCAGCGCGGAGUUCAAGUACAGUAGAGCUGGUCCAGGAUUAGCUUGUUGUCAGCGGUGUCAGAUCGAGUAACUAAGUGUGUAUAAUAAAGCAAGUGGCGAACUUGUCGGGGGAUCGGGCAGAUAACAUGCUGUCAUCUCUCAUGAAGCGCUGGUUGUACAGGCCCAAGAGGUCUGACAGUCGCCCCCUAGCACAGUUUUUCUUCGCAGACGAGGAAGUGAACCGUAUAACAGCGGAACUCAAUGGGUUGGACCUGAGGAAAGACCCCCAGAAAUACUUGGUUUUGUUAAACCAGUUAAGACAAAGUCAGGAUAGCAUGUUGCGUUCCAUUGAGCUGGUGAUGGAGGAUUACCUUGCUGGACAGAGAUGUAGCCGCGACUAUAACAUCAAGUUCCCCGACGAAAUCCGGCAGGAGAACCUGGGUGUGCAGCUGUGGUUCGCCGCCGAGUGUUUGUCAGCUGGCUCCUUCCUGGAAGUGCGGGAGUCCGAGGGUCAGCUCCUGCGACCGCUGGCAGAGCAGCUCCUGCGCUGCCUGGAGGAGGCGAGACACCAGCUGCGGGAACAGAGUGUGAGCGGCCUGCAGGGCUGUCCGGCCGCACUGCGCAGCACGCUCCUGCGCUAUGACGCCGUCUUCUCCCAGUUUGAGCUCAGUUACAUCUCCACCGUGAUGCCAGUGAAGUCUGCGGAGGAACUGCAGAAGCAGCAAGAAAUCGUGGUGCUCUUCUGCGAGACUGUCGACCGAGCACUGAAGCUGGGCUACAUCACCCAGGAUCUGAUUGACGGUUACGAACCGCUGGUUAUGUUCACCAUCCCAAGACUUGCCAUCAUCUGUGGCCUGCUGAUAUUUCCGGAUGGUCCGUUGAACCUCCAGCAAGGAUCAGAAAACAUGUCCAGCCUCUUCAGACCGUUCUUCGCGCUGUUGCAAAAAAUCAGGGACCUUCUGCGAGUUCUGACCCAGGAGGAGCUCUCUAUCCUGGAGAGAAGGCUCUGCACUACAGAGUCAGGUGGCCAUCCAUGUGGUGAAGAUCCACAGCUGCUUCCAGGUGCUGACCCACCAGAGCAGUAUGAAGGCUCUGUGCAGGGGCCACUCUGCAGCCCACACGCAUGUCCAAGCCCCUUUCACUUCUCCGUCACUCAAAGUAACGUCGCAAUGGGCGCAGCCCAUGACCCCUUGGCUUCCGGGCAGAGGACAACCUCUGGUCUGCAGUAUCCCUGCAGUGAUAAUGACCUUUUUCCUGGGAUGAGCUCUGCACAGCCUGGCUGUGAUCUCCCCGAACACACACAGCCGCCCCCUGUGGAUUUCGCUGCUUCGGCAGCCCCCUGCUCUGUCCCUCCACGGGCCGCCUGCGGGGACGUCCCUGGGAACGAGCUGUGGAUGGGCGCCGGGGUCGACGUGACCCCCCAUGUCAGGCAGCACUCUGACUACACCCACGCUCCCCCCGAAGUGGACCUCAGUGCCUCGGCCAUGGACGUGCGUGAGCCGCUGCAUAGAUGGAGGCAGAACUGGAGGGGGCAAAGCUGGCAUCCCAAGCAGUCGUGUCCUGGUACAGCUUCUAGAUAUCCAGGGAGAGAGGGCCGAAGACUUCGCAGUGGACAGCAGGACACGGGACGGCUGCCCGGUGGCAGGGACGCGAUGAGAGUGGCUCUGCGCUCUCGCUACAGCAGCAGCAACGACAUGAUCCACCGACUUUUUGUCUGCAUUUCAGGAGUGGCCGACCAGCUCCAGACCAACUUUGCCAGUGACAUGCGAGCUAUUCUGAAAUGUGUCUUUGAGCUGAUUGUCUCUAGAAACAAUUCUGAGAGUGAGGCAGUGAAGAAAGACAAGAGGGCAGAAGAGGAAGAAUGUGAACUGUGUGAGGACUUCAGCGGUGGAGAAUCAAGGGGGGACAGUGCUGGAGGUCUUCCUGUCUGGGUUCCUGAUAAUGAAUGUACGCACUGCACUGCCUGUAAGGCGCCAUUUACUUUUCUGCGUCGCCGACACCACUGUAGGUGCUGCGGUAAGAUCUUCUGCGGCCGCUGCUCUCCCAAAGAGGCCCCCCUCCCUCAGUUUGGCCAGAUGCAGCCCGUCAGAGUCUGUAAUCACUGCUUCUACUUCCAUGUUGUUGGUGAAACAACGCAGCUUUGACGGCAACUAAUGGAAAAUGUCUUGAGAGAAAAAGACCUUUCUUAUAUUCGGACGUCUACGCAGCUAGAUGCGUGCAGCCAGACAAUGACAGCAGUGUGUUUGGCUUUCAUGGGCUGCUCUUCGCUUAUGGCUCUGCUGAUCCUAGGGUAUUUUUUUUUUAUUUUUAUUAAUUUAUGCGUUGUAAUAUAAAACACAUUUCAUUCAAGUGGUUAUUGGGCAAUUAUGCAUUUAUAUACAUUUUUGAAGAAAUUACAAGUUAUAAAUAAUUCAGUAUUUGACUACAUGAAAUUUUUAAUUGCACUUUAAGCCAUGUGAUAUAGGAACCGUAUUUUUACCAUUCAGACAAUGAUGGGGAAAAAAUAAAAGCAAUCUUGGUACAGAAUUUGUGUUUAAAUGUGCAUUCUACAAAGGUUCGGUAAUCACAUUUUUCUUUUCCUUUCAGUUUUUUUUUUGUAGUUUGUAAUUUUGCUGUGAAAAUAUGAUGAUUAGUUGUUGGCUCUGACACAGAGACUUUGCAAUAAAUAAAUAAAAAAUAAAUGUUCAAAUUAGGCCUACACUGUCAUGUGCUUAAUUGGUUCACUCAGAUGGAAAUAUGUGAAUAAACGUUCCUCCUCCAGCA